GGCGCUGCAGUUGGCAUCAUUAAACCGUUUACCAUCGAACAGUGUAGUGUGGUACGGAACGUGUGUAGAGUUUGUAGAGUACGAGUGAUCGAUUCCCUCCUCAAAAGAGAAAAAGAUAUACUCAAAUCUCAAUACGAAUCGAUUGUGCGGCAUUAACGGUACACAGCUCGACGGAUAACUCGCAAUCCCACAAGGAUAUUUUACGCCAGCAACAUGAAGUUGAUGCGUACAGCGACAACGCUCGCUCUGGUGCUGCUGCUGGCCACCAGCUAUGCCCAGGCUGGCGAGGAGAAGAACGAGGCUGCUGAGAAGACAGCAGCUGAGCCAACGGAGUCAAAGGCCGAGGAGACGGCCGCUGAUGAUGAUACCGCAAAACCGAAGCGUGGUCUGCACCACUACGAGGAUUAUCAUCAUCAUCAUGUGCCACAUUUCCCAGUGCAUGAGGAGAAAACACUGACGGUCAUCAAGAAGGUGCCAGUGCCAGUGCCAAUCGAAAAGAUUGUCCAUGUACCCGUGGAAAAACAUGUGCAUGUGCCCGUGAAAGUCAAGGUGCCUAAGCCAUAUCCCGUGGUCAAGCAUGUGCCCUAUGAGGUUAAGGAGAUUGUCAAGGUGCCCUAUGAAGUGCCAGCGCCAUAUCCCGUCGAAAAGAAGAUACCAUAUGCCGUACAUGUGCCCUAUGAUCGCCCCGUGCCCGUCAAGGUACAUGUGCCCGCACCCUAUCCGGUUGAAAAGAAGGUCCAUGUGCCAGUCAAAGUACAUGUGCCAGCACCCUAUCCAGUCGAGAAAAUCGUGCACUACAAUGUAGAGAAGAAGGUGCAUGUCGACAAGCCCUAUCCGGUCGAAAAGAUUGUCCACUACCCAGUCAAGGUGCCCGUCGAUAAGCCAGUGCCCUACCAUGUGGACAAGCCAGUGCCCCACUAUGUGGACAAACCUGUGCCAGUGCCCGUCAUCAAAAAAGUCCCUGUGCCCGUGCAUGUGCCCUAUGAUCGUCCCGUGCCCGUGCAUGUCGAGAAACCAGUGCCCUAUGAGGUGAAAGUACAUGUGCCACAGCCCUACCCAGUGAUCAAGGAAGUGCCCUAUAAGGUUGAGAAACACGUUCCGUACCCCGUCAAGAUUCCGGUGGAGAAGCCCGUGCAUGUGCACAUUGAGAAGCAUGUGCCCGAGGUUCAUGAGAAGCACAUUACCUACAAGGAGCCAGAGUUUGUGCACAAGCACAUUGAGGAGGACCACCAUUAUCAUCAUCAGGAACAACAUCAUGAACCCAUCCAUCAUCAUUCAUCGUAUUCGGCACCUAUUGAGGAGCAUCAUGAGCAUGAGCAUGAGGUGGAGCAUGAUUUUAAUGACUAUCAUGAUUAUCAUUCAUAUCACGGUUACUAAAAUUGGUGAAAUGAACUUUUUCUCUCUCUCUCUCUCUUUCUUUCACUUUUUCUUUGCAGCAUUGAAAAAUCGGUUAUGAACGGCAACGGUUAUGAAUGGAUAUAUAGCUAAACUGAAAAAAAAAAAACAAAACAAAAACAAAGUAUAACUACUUUUAACAUCACAAAAACCAUAGAAAACUUUUAAAAACCUUCCAUAUUUUCCAUAUCAUACCCAAAUGCCCAACAUUCCAAUUACACUUUGCUAUAUAGAACGUGAUAACGAUAGAGAUUCUGAUAACAAUUUUAUAAUGUGACCAAAAUGUGACACGAACGAACUUACUUAGUUUUUACGACGAACUCUCUUUUAGCUUAAGCCAUACAAAAAAAAAAAAAUCAAUACAAAAAAAAAAAGCAACAAAACAAGAAAAGAAACGUUGACGAAAAUAUCCCGUGAGAAUUGUUAUGAGAAAUUUUGAAGACGAUUAGAUCUAGACUUUAAGAACAAAAUACUAACACAUUUGGGCCGCACAGCCCACAGAACAACAAGAUCAAGAACAAGACCCAUAACAACAACAAAGACAAGAACAACACACACAACAUAUGACACCUCAGCAGGAUCAAAUUUGGAUGUGUUGUUGGACUUGGCUCGCUAAACACUGGGUACAUUUGACGUGUGGUUGCUGCUGCUGUAUUGUCCUCCAGCUGCGGCUUCUCCUCCUUCUGCUCUGGUCCACCGAUUUGUGCACCCGGUUCGGUUCGGUUCGAUAUGAUUUGAGAUCUGAUUUGUGUGUGUGAUAAGACUUCUGUUUUAGUGUUUAAGUGUUUACUCUACAUAUAUAUAUAUUAAUAUAAAUACAUAUAGAUAAGGGAGGCAGCCGUGCAGUCGCCUAUUUAAGUCAGUUUGUAAACGAACGUAUUGUAUUAUUUGUAAUAUUUUUUGCUAUCUAGUUUUUAAUACAACCAACUAUCUAUAGUUUUGCUUAAUGUAAAAAGCUGUUGAAACGGAUUUAUGAAAAGUACUUAGUUUACCAAAUAUUUUUUUGUCUCUGUAACAUCAACAACAACAACAAAACACUCUGAUAAUGAAGCUGAUGAAUGUAAACAAUAAAAACGAGUAGAACGAAGUGAUCAAAACUAAAA